AUGUGGACUGUUGAUCCGGUGGAUGGAACAAAGGGCUUUAUUCGACGAGGAUAUUUUGCAGUGGGAAUUUCAUUGAUUAUUGAUGGUGAUGUUCAUCUUAGUGUUAUAGGAUGUCCAAACCUUUCAGCGAAUUAUAAAGCUCCUGAAGGAGAAAAGUGCAAAAAUUGCAUCAUGAAUUUGGGUCCUCUUCGUAUGGAUAAUAUGUGUAAACAUUGCACUGUUGCUAGAAAUAAAGCUGCCUCCGAAUGUAUAUCUUCUUCAAUUAGGAUCGAAAAAAUUGAAGCUAACAGAAGAAUAAUGAUUGCGAGUCCUAAAAUACAUAAUCAGAUUGACGAUUGGGGCUAA